CCCACGAUAUAAAUAAACUCCAUCCUCCAAAAAUACUCAUCUCCCCCCAAAAUAAUUCUCCUCGUCAAAUGGUCGGCAUCAAUCCCUGAAAUCCUCGAAAUCAAAGUCGGAGCGCAAAUGAAAAUUCUAGGUUAUAAAAAUAAAAACAGUGAAAAGUCCCUAUUGUGUCUGGCUCGGCGACAGCGUCACGAAUUCACCAUUUGUCUGGCACAUGUGUUGUAUCAUUUCACCACUCAUUCGUGCUUGUGACACGGUUACACACUGCUGUCCAGUAUUGUUACUUAUUCCUCCAAUAAUUAUCCAACAAUAUCGUCGACAAACCAUAUGAAAUUACCAGUAAAUAAGUUACAAUGGGCAACCAUGUGGGACGGAGUGCCGAUGGAACGAGCAAAAAGAGUGCAACAAUGACGAAUAAUACAAAUAAUGUUAAGUCAAUGUCACGCAGCCCAUCGGGCACUGAUAUCGAGCACAAUUUUGUCACGCAUUUCAGGCCCGUUGAUAAACUCAGCAAGAUUUUAACCGAGCGCAAUCACCACGACAACGAUGGUCACGGUGUCUCGGAAGAAGUAUUCGUAAAAUACCUAUUCCCCCAUUACUCAGAGUUCGCUUCAAGGCUGUACGGUUACCUCCACAAGUCGUCGAAGGCCACGACGAAGCACCUGGGCACAUCUGCCUUCAAACAGCAGAUUGAGAAGCUCCUUGGGAUCAUGAACGACAGGACUGUGCUGGAUAUUUAUGUGAAAAUGUACUCUAAUACGAUGGAUGAGAGUGGCGAGGUGACGCCACAGGGCCUCAGAGACUUACUCAUGAUUUCUUAUCGAUUGGCGAUGGAUAAUGAAGCCACCACCUGUCCUUACGUCCUCAAGACCAUUCAUGCUGCUGUGACCUCUUGCUUUCAUGGAAAAGAAAUUCUCUCCGUGAGUUUCAUAAGCAAUUGGCUCUGGCAGCAUUGUCCACGAGUUGUUUAUGGGAUACAUCGUUACGUUGUUCACGUACUCACAACAGCAUACCGAAAUGGACAAGCGCUUUUGUCCACCGAGGAGCUGCAACCGCACAUUGGCCCAGUUACACCAGUUCUGGAGAAAGUACUUUCCUUCGAACAGGCCGAUAACAUGUUACCACUGAGUCAAGUCUGGCUGUUGUCUACGAGUUUACCUUUUUGUUUCGUCCAGACAGAAGAAUCCCCGAGUAAAGAGAGUUUAUCAGUCUUUUCAUCGAAGCUCUCCAGCUACCCUUGCCCCAGUCACUGGACCCUCCUCUACACCAGUGAUCAGCAUGGAGCUGGAGCUAAUCGUCUCCUCCACCACAUCCUGGGGUACCGAGGCCCAACGAUCGUGUUCAUUCGAGGGGAGAACGGCGACGAGGACGGAGUUACUUACUGCAUAUGCUCGUCCAUCGAGUGGCGAGAGUCCCACCUGUACUGGGGGGACGAAGACUGUGUGAUCAUCGAGCUCCAGCCGUGCUACAGAAUCGUGGAGAAGGGGCCCAAACUGCUGUACUUGAAUACCAGCAUCAGGGGGUAUCCGCAUGGCCUCAGGGCUGGCAAGGAUCCACGUAAUCCGUACAUUAAUGUUGACCAGAGCUUCGCUUCGGUUAGUUUUGGGGGUGCACCACACAGAAUCAAGAGUAUUGAAGCUUGGGGAUGUGGGGAUCGCAAAUCAAGAGAACGACAGUUGGAGAUUAAAAAAUGGCAAGUUAAGGAGGCUGAGAGGCAGCGUGUGGUAAAACUGAGUGCAGCUGACUGGCUAGAUCACCCCGAUCGUUAUUUAUUGGAACUGGCUGGCCGACCGUCCUACGUCAACGCUGAGAAAUAAACAAUUCGUAUUUUAUUGUUCCUAUGGACAUAAUUUUUUGAGUUUUUUCCUUGUGUAUAUGUAAAUAUAAUGAUAGAAUUAUUUUUUAAAUAGAGGAAAAUUUUGUUUUAUUUUCUUUUUCAUUUUCGUCUCAGCAGUUUUAUGAUGAGGGAAGGAAGUGAAAACCGCACGGCCUUAAAGAAUAAAAAUAGCUUAAAGGAUGAGGUGAAGAA